AUGGCUGAGGCACAGCCAGCUGUGGCAGAUGGCAAUCAGAAGCUGUUUCCCUGUGAAGUCUGUGGGAGACGCUUUGCAGCAGAUGUCCUGGAAAGACACGGACCAAUAUGUAAAAAACUAUUCAACAAAAAACGCAAACCCUUCAAUUCCUUGAAGCAAAGAUUACAGGGAACUGACAUUCCCACUGUGAUUAAGCCUCCUCAGUCCAAGGUUCAACCGGUGAGGAAAUCUAACUGGAGACAACAGCAUGAGGACUUCAUCAAUGCGAUUCGGUCAGCAAAAGAAUGCGCUCUAGCCAUAAAAGAGGGCAGGCCCCUUCCCCCUCCACCCCCUCCGACCAUCAACCCAGAUUAUAUUCAAUGCCCAUAUUGUAAGAGGAGGUUUAAUGAGACUGCUGCCCAGCGACACAUUAAUUUCUGCAAAGAUCAGUCCUCCCGACGCGUAUUCGAUCCAGCACAAACAGCAGCUAGGCUGGCAUCCAGAGCGCAGGGUAAGGCCCCGGCAAGUCCCAGAAAACAGCCCACUGUUACAAGUGCUGUGGGAACGCUGCUGCAGAGCAGGGCUGUGGAGACCAAGAAUGACGUCAUGGCCAGUUCAAGUAAGUCAGAGCAGGCUCUGGAGUUGUCCAGUCCUGGGGGUAGAGCCUCCAUCCUGCCGUGGCGAUCUGCUGGUAGUCAGUAA